GCUCAGCAAAUCUCCUGAAUCACCACCACCAUCCCUUGUUCCGUUGUUUCCUUCUUCUUCCUUUACUCCCGCCAUCCCCUGUGGAAGAGUUCAUCUACGGACCACUCUUCGCCGACCAGUCAGCGCCAAAAAGUGCACAGCUUCAGGACAACAUCCGCGUACGGUUCUACGUGGCUAAUUAGAAUCAUCGAUUAGUGGACAACUUAUCGUUUAAAAAUCUUAUUUUUUUUUUUUUCUUCGUGGAUGUUCGUCAAGUGAUUGAUCUUUGUGACGUAAAUCGAUCCGGUUCAACAUCGUUCAUAUCCUUGGGAGGUUUCUCGUCUCCUAACCCGUGGACUUCUUUCGAAUCAGCUGCUCCUCAAUAGCCAAUCAUUUAUUCAUAUCCUCCGACGAACACUGGCGCUACCCCUCCCCCUCUCUCUCUCUCUCUCUCUUACUCACCCCUCUCCUCUUUCUCUCUGUUCCUCUGUGUCUUGUUUUCUCCGGUGAAGUGUGAGGUCGCUGGAUUCGUAGGAACGAAUCGAAAUGUUCGAUCGGCAUUAUUAACACAAGACGUGUGCAAGAUGUAAGAUCCACGUUAUCUUGGAUUGAUUGUAACGAAACCGGUGCACUGAUUGAUCGUCCUCGGUAGGACGAUAAGGGUGAGUGGUGGCUUGCAAAAAGAAAAGUGUGCAAAAAUACUUCUGUCACGAAUACAUUAUUUACCCGUUGGUGCGUUCCUAGCGAUUUGAUGAAAGUGAAGGUGAAAGUACUUUUGUAAAAUUGCGAGGACAUAUAGAGUACUUGCUAUACAGAUGCGAACCGAUACGAAUACUGAUGUGAAGAAGAAGAAGCGCGGUUGCCGCAACUGGUAUCGUUUCGUUUGAGGGUGCUGGUUUUCGACUGGUUUAGGUCUAAGCCCGACAGCUUAGACUUAACUGGCUGCAAAAUGAUGUACUCACCGGAUAAGAUGAUGGGGAGCAAGGGACUCCACGGGGCACCGAUCACUGCUCCGGGUUGUUUCCCUUCGGGACGAUAUUCGCCGCCGCCUUAUCGCGCUGCUCCAGACCCCAUGCCGCCACCACCGCGACGCUGUAUGCCGAAUCCUACCAGUCGUAUAUUGGAAGAUGCCUCCAUUAUGUGCAACUCCUGGUCACCAAGGCAUAACGGUGACUUAUUCGGGGGCUUGAACAGCGGUCUACAAGACGGCUUACUUUCGAGGGCAGAAGCUUUGGCUGCGGAUUUAGGAAAACACAACGCAGGCACCCCAAUGCCUUUGAAGCAUGACCCUGUUUCCGUUUAUCACCAUGGAGCCCACAUGGCAGCCCCGCAUCCAAAUAACCGGCCACAUCAUCAGGUACAUUCACACCUCUUUAUGAGCCAUCCAGGUAUGGAAAGUCUGGACAUGUUGGACCCAGCCAAUUCAAUGACUACGUUAACUCCAAUGUCAGAAAACACCGGCGGUGGUCCUGGCCAUCACGCCGGUAUCCAUGGUCCUUCGGUGUACGGAGGCAUGAACGGAAUGAUGAGUCAUCAUCACCAUCACGGUAACCUAGGCGGUGGAGGCGGUAGCGUACCACAUCCGGCUCACCAUCAUCCCGCAAUGGCAGCGGCCGCAGCUGCGGCUGCAGCUGCAGGCUUGCAUCCGGACGCGGACACGGAUCCACGAGAAUUGGAAGCGUUUGCGGAGAGGUUCAAACAGAGACGCAUCAAGCUCGGUGUGACGCAAGCCGACGUCGGUAAGGCAUUGGCAAAUUUAAAGUUACCUGGCGUCGGGGCGCUCUCCCAAUCAACGAUAUGUCGGUUUGAGUCGUUGACGUUAUCCCAUAACAACAUGAUCGCCCUGAAGCCGAUCCUGCAAGCGUGGCUCGAGGAGGCAGAGGCUCAGGCGAAGAACAAGAGGCGAGAUCCCGACGCUCCGUCGGUAUUACCAGCUGGUGAAAAGAAAAGAAAGAGGACCAGCAUAGCAGCACCUGAGAAACGAUCACUGGAGGCGUAUUUCGCCGUUCAACCGCGGCCAUCCGGCGAAAAGAUAGCCGCGAUCGCGGAGAAACUCGACCUGAAAAAGAACGUUGUCAGGGUCUGGUUCUGUAACCAACGACAAAAGCAGAAGCGCAUGAAAUUCGCGGCUCAACAUUGACCCGAGGGUGGCUUGUGACAGCAAAACUGACCGUAUCAGCUGCCCAGUCUCGAGCCCAAACCAGAACCCUUGACCGAGUUUCAGGGAUGGCCGUAAAAAGAAACGAGAUAUAAGUGGAUAUAAGGAGGACAGGCCAUUGCUGCGAGGAAUUAAACCGUCAGUUCAACUGUAAUAUCUACGUUGGAUAGUUGUACAGUUACUGUACUGAUGGCGUUCGCUAAGGAUUCUCGGUUUCAAGUGGAUCGAAUAAUAUAGCUCGAUACUGUGGCAACAGAAAUGACGAUAGUCAGACUGUCACAGGCUUAAUACGAAUAUUUUGUGGUUAUUGCGUACGCGCGAUGUUCUCGACGCGUCUUCUAAGGAAUUUUCAAUUGACUCAUCGAUUUGCGAGUCUGCUCCUCUGAACCUUGCUAUUCAUUUGUAAGUAAUCAUUUAAUAAUAAUUUUCAAUAAUUUUUAACAAUUUUUUAUUAUUUGCGACGUUUUCCUGGUUUUAAUUUACACAACACGCUCAAUGAUUGAACAAUUUAUUAUUCAGAUAAUGAUCACAAUUUCAUUAGAUAAUGAUUCGCGUAAUUUACUUUAUAUUGAAAGUAUAUUUCAUUCAGGUAAUAUAUUAGAUUAUCUCAGCAAUUUGAACGAGCCUUUGAAUUGAUUAUUACACUAUUUCUUUUUUUCUUUUUUUAUAUGAACUUCUGAAGUGAUCUAUUAUUAUUAUGAAAUUUACUAGUUUUUGUAUACGUUAAGAAUUUCUGUUGUAUAUUAAUACGAAAAAUAAAAUAAUAAAACAUUUAAAGUAAACGAGACUGAGACUACGCGUUAUGAACUGGAAGCUGCGGUACAUGUUGCAUAAGAAUAUCAUAUAAAAUGACAUAAAAAAGCUCUUACGGAAAGCCUAGAUCAAAUCAUCUGCAAAGUGAGAUAGAAUUUGUGAAGCAUAUCAGCUACGAUCGCGAUAAAACAGUUUACGAGCGUAUCCACUCUCAAACCAACUCGUAUCGACUGGAAAUCGUCGUUGAUGCUGAUUUCAUGAUCACGGACUUUGUCAAAGCACUACUAAAUUUAGUGUAUACACCAGCAAAUUCCGCUUUAUAAAUGUUAAUUUUCAAAUUAAAUUAAAUUAAAGAAAUCUGGAAGACACCAACUAUUUAUAUCAUAUAAAAUUUAUUUAAUUUAUUAAGCGAAUUCAGUCAAUUCCUAUUAAAAAAAGGAAAAAAAAAUCAAUAGACGCACACAGAAAAUUGUGAACAUGUUCUGAGACUUUUCAAAUCGUUAAGGUACAAAAAUUGUUCAAAUGUAUAAAAGUUGUUAAAACUGAAUGGUAGUUUUGAAAGAAAUGCAUCAAAAGCCCAGGAAACUAAAAUUAAAUAAAUUACAUAUUUCUUCUUGAUGAUAAAUUAAAAGGAUGGAGGUGAUUCUCGUGAAUAAAGAAGAGUCAGUUGAAACGUACAUAGCCAAAUAAUCGUCAAUGCGUCUUGGAAAGUACAAUUCGAAACAUAAAAUAUAAAAGUACGUAUUGUUAUAAAAUCGACGCGCCAGUAACGUCGCGCCGAAGAAAUAAGUGAUAUUAAUCCUAACAAAGACACAUGAGACAGUGUAAAAAGUGAGAAACUAGAGAAAAAGAGAGAGAAAAAUGUAUGAGUGCGAGAAGAGUAAAAGUUAUACAAUGAAAUAUUCAAUACUGGAACGAAUUCUUUUAAAUUAUUUUAUCACAGAUUUACAUCGUUUCGUUGCUCUUUUUAAUUUCAAAAGUAAAAAAACAACGAUUUAAGGAAACCAAACUUUAGUAAUUAUUUUACAGAGAAAUAUUAUAUUAAUUACAGUUACUUGUAGAAAUUUUAAAAAUUUUUACUGAUAAAGUUAUUAAAAUUCUUAACAAUAAUUUGCCUAUUUCUACGAAACUGCAAAUUACUAAAGUUUCUGGAAUUAUUUAUUACUAAUAUUUAUUAAAUCACGAUCGAUCCGGUGGUGUAUAUAGAUUAGCGAAAUGCGCGAGAUGAGGGUGAAAGGGAGGAAGAAAGUAGAGGGUGAGAAACCAAGACAAAAAGAAAUAUUAAGAGGACGUGUUACGUAGUGAUAUUGGACAAUCAGUGAAAAGACUGUACCAUAUCAUAUUGAAGCAAUAUUGUAGUUAUUAGUCAAUGAAUUAAUUAACUUUAUUUGUAUUUCCCGUGACUAAUCGCGCGUUCCCUGUACGUAUGCCAGAAAGUUUCCUUGUGGCAAAUGAAAAUAAAAAUACGACAACAUCAUCACGAAACGAACCAAUAUCAAACGAAAUAUUUUCAACGAAUGACAUGAUUAAAAUUAUAAAAUAAAAACUUCUUCGUGAUUGAUUUAGUAACAUUGGGAGCGUGAUUGGUCGGUCAACAAUCACCAAGAAAUUGUUCUCUCGAUUCUUGAUAAACUACUCGUUAUAUUUCACGACCAAACGCGAUUUAUUUUUGUUUCUUUAAGAUUUCGUUGGCAACGAAAUCCGAGAAACGAGAUCCUCGUCUGAUUAUGCACGCAAUUAGCUGAUCACGUCGUCGACCACAGGAACCAGAUCAAAAUAAAAAUGAUAUUUGAUGAUACGUGAUCAUGCUUGAAUCCAUCAGCGUGCACCCAGCAAUACCGCGAGGAUAUUAUUCGGUAAAAAACGAAGAAUUAUAUUACGAUACAUCGCUGUAAUAGUUAAAAACUAAGCGAACAGUUGGUAAUCGUUUUUAAAUUGUAUAUAUACAUAAGAGAAUAGGUAUUUUCUAGAAAAAUAAUAGUCUAUUGUCAUUCUAUUAGGUAACAGACAAAAAAAAGGUUCUAGUGCAAUAUAGAAUUUAAUAACAUUCAUUAUUAUUUUGUUGGUUAUCAAUCGUUAUUUUGCCUCCGUCUAGCUCGAUGGAAUCAAAAUUGUCGCUCCUAUCAGACAUCUCAGAUGUGUGAAAUAGUGAUGGAGAUUGGGUCAGUAUUGUGAUAUGUUGUAAUAUUGUACAUACAAAUAAAUUCAUUCAGAACGUGGCAUACCGUUUUAAUCUGUUUGCUAUUAAGGGCGACUACGAUCGCUUGCCGUGAGUACCUACUAUGAAUAACUAUACUGCCCUUCUUAUAAUUAAUUAAAAUGUCUUAUCUAUCAUUUUACAUUUUUCUAAAUAUUUUGAGAUAUUUAAAGUUUGGUAUACAUUUGAUUCUUUAAGUAAAAUUGGAAUGGCCUAUGUAUCCUUUGCAGGAAACUAAAAAUAGUUUACAUAAUUUAUUUGUUUAAUUGCUUUUCAGAUAGUUUUAUCAUUUUUUUCUGGAUAUUUCGAAAUGAUAGGUCAAUUAGGCUAACAAUAAGAGGGGUAGUACAGAAGAUUGUAUGUAGUCAUCUAAUGUAAAGCGUUUACAUUUCCAAGUAACAUCAUUACUUUUUUUCAUUAUCAUUAAAAUAAUAAUUCAACAUAGUAACAUUUACAAUAAAAAAUGCCUCUUUGCAAAUAAAAUUUGAUAAAGGCAAUUACUUUAUUUUACAUUAUACAAGGUGUACCGGAACCCGCGUAACUCCCGGCAAUGGGGGGUUGCUGGGGUGAUUCUGAACAACUUUUUCCUUUACCAAAAUCAAUUCGACUUAUUCAUUCUACAUGAACGAUUCAUUAUUUUAUUCGUUGUUCAUGAACAACCAAUAAUUCCACAUUGUUCUUAAUUUAAGACGAUGUAACAUUUAUCGCACGCUUCUCUUGAUACCCAUUCUAUGUCAAUGCGUUUGUUCACGACCACGAGCGAAACCCAACGUCCCCGUGGUUCAGCGCGCGUUCUACGCGCGCUCUUGUUGGCCACUGUUUUUCGUUAAUAACUCAAAAACGAAGCUACAACCAACAUUUUGGUAAAGGAAAAAGUUGUUGAGAAUCACCCUAGUUGACAACCCCCAUUUACGAAAGUUACGCGAGUUCCGGGACAGCUUGUAUAUUAAAUUAGAUAAUUUAACGGUUCAAUAAUGCAAUUUUAAGUGUCUGUAACAAAUGUUUUUGAUUAUUGUUUCCUAUAAUAAAUAAAUAUUUUUUUAUAUC